AUUUCAUGCAGUUGCCUGUGACAGCUCCUGUUGAGUAAACUGAGACUGGAACAUCUUGUAUCAGCUCUUGAACCGGUACCUGCCACGAUGAGAAGUUGCACAAGAUCUGUUUGGGCCCCUGUCUAGCUGAUCCAUGCUUCCAAACUGUCUCUUGUAACAUUCUCAAGCAGCCAAAAUGAAGUUGAAGCAUAACAUCAACCCUAUUCUUUUACAGUUUAUAAACUUCAUAGUCCUGGUGUACUCCCUUGUAACAUACAUUCCGUGGUACAUCCUUUCAGGAUCAAAGCAGGCUAUAGCAAAAGCCAAGCAGGUUAAAGCCAGGCCUGUGAAUAACAAGCCUGGGGGUGCAUACAGAUCUGUGAACAGUCUGCAUUGCUUGGCUUCAGUUUUAUAUCCUGGGUGUGAUACACUCGACAAAGUUUUUAAAUAUGCUAAAACGAAAUAUAAGGACAAAAAACUCUUGGGAACACGUGAAAUUCUGAAAGAGGAAGAUGAAAUCCAGCCAUCAGGAAAAGUUUUUAAAAAGGUCAUCCUUGGCAAGUACACCUGGCUUUCUUAUGAAGAUGUAUACAUUAAAGCUGUUAAUUUUGGAAAUGGCUUAGCAGUCUUGGGUCAGCAGCCAAAGACCAACAUUGCUAUCUUCUGUGAGACCAGAGCUGAGUGGAUGAUUGCAGCCCAGGCCUGCUUUAUGUGCAACUACCAGCUUGUUACUCUGUACGCCACGCUGGGAGGCCCAGCAAUAGUUCAUGGGCUGAACGAGACAGAGGUGACCACCAUCAUUACCAGUAAAGAGCUGAUGCAAACAAAACUGAAGGAAAUUGUUUCUCAAGUUCCACUCCUGCGACACAUAAUUACAGUGGAUGGCAAACCCACAACGUGGGCAGAGUUCCCCAAGGGGGUCAUUGUUCACACCAUGGCAUCUGUGCAAGCCAUGGGGGCCAAGGCAGACACUGGAAACAAGCAGCCAUCCAGGCCUGUGCCCUCGGAUAUCGCAGUGAUCAUGUACACAAGUGGAUCCACAGGAAUUCCCAAAGGAGUUAUGAUCUCCCAUUGCAACAUAAUUGCUGGGAUAACUGGAAUGGCUGAGAGGAUCCCAAAUCUGGGGGAAAAGGACAUUUAUAUUGGGUACCUGCCCCUUGCCCAUGUUCUGGAGCUGAGUGCUGAGCUUGUGUGUCUGUCUCACGGGUGCCGCAUCGGUUACUCCUCCCCUCAGACACUGGCUGACCAGUCUUCUAAAAUAAAGAAAGGAAGCAAAGGGGAUGUUACUACGCUUAAACCAACUCUAAUGGCAGCAGUUCCGGAAAUCAUGGAUCGAAUUUACAAAAACGUCAUGAAUAAAGUGAAUGAGAUGACCAGUUUCCAGAGGAAUCUAUUUAUACUGGCCUACAACUACAAAAUGGAACAGAUUUCCAAAGGUUACACUACCCCACUCUGUGACAGCCUUAUUUUCCGCAAGGUGCGGAUGCUGCUGGGCGGGAAGAUCCGCGUUUUGGGACUACACUACAGGAAGAGUGGGAGCACCUUUGGUCUGUUGUGAAAUCAAGUUAAUGAACUGGGAAGAAGGUGGAUAUUACAACACCGAUAAACCAUAUCCUAGAGGUGAGAUCCUUAUUGGAGGGCAGAAUGUGACUGUGGGCUACUACAAAAAUGAAGCACGAACCAAAAAAGAUUUCACUGUUGAUGAGAAUGGGCAGAGGUGGCUCCAUACUGGAGAUAUUGGAGAGUUUCAUCAUGAUGGAUGUCUAAAAAUUAUUGAUCGCAAAAAGGAUCUUGUAAAGCUGCAGGCAGGAGAGUAUGUUUCUCUUGGCAAAGUAGAAGCAGCUCUGAAGAAUCUCCCACUGGUGGAUAAUAUUUGUGCAUAUGCAAGCAGUUUCCAUUCUUAUGUCAUUGGAUUUGUUGUGCCAAAUCAAAAGGAGCUUGCAGAACUAGCCCGAAAAAAAGGAUUUAAAGGAACCUGGGAAGAGAUCUGUAACAGUCCUGAGAUGGAAAAAGAGGUUCUGAAGGUGCUAGCUGAGGCUGCUGUGGCAGCAAACCUGGAGAAGUUUGAAAUCCCAGUGAAGAUCCGUUUGAGCCCGGAUCCCUGGACCCCAGAGACUGGUCUGGUGACGGACGCGUUCAAGCUGAAGCGCAAGGAGCUGACGGCGUUCUACCAGCCGGACAUUGAGCGCAUGUACGGCACCAACGUCAAAUAGCCCCUGCCCGCUGCUGCUCUGCCCAGCUGGACCCAACAGCAAAUACUUGAAUUGCCUGUCUCAACCCGACACUUGAGAUCAACACACAAAACCACCACUCCUCAUUCCCAGCGCAAACUGCUCUUUCUAAUGACAUCUAAUGACACACCACGAUGACUGGCGAGUUUGGUAAAAUGUUAUGGCAGCAAAUUUGGGUGUCUCCUUUUCUCCAGUUUUCUCUGCCACCUUGUCAGUCUGUGGAUUUUCCCAGGUCUUUUUGGGAAACCAUGAUUCUGAAGCCUCAAGUUUUUAAACAUUUAUAAAUCCUGUAUAAUGUUUUAUUUGUAUCUUUAAAAUUUGGAUGUAUAUAGAGAGAACUUGGCUAUAUAAGAAAUGGUUAUACUGGGGGCCUUUUUCUACCUAAUUAUUUAAAGAUAAGAAGGUAUUGAUGUUGUGACAUUAUGCACAUUGCAAAUGCUUGUAACAAGGUAAUUGUUGAACAGAGGACCAGGUUAUUUGCUGCUGUGCUAUUUUUCUGUGUAAAUCUGAGGGAGAAAAUGUUUGACAUUCCAGCUUGUGUAAUGCACCUUCAAUAUGUGCCUAAUGGUUACUUUUAUUUUUAUGUGAAAAUGGAAGGAUGGUGGUGGCACAGCUCUGCCUCAAGGCAGGUACUCUUGCAGGUGUUAGUUAAAGCUCCUUUAAUACAGAAGAUGCUAUUAACACAGCAGAAGUUCAACCUAGGAAUAAUCUCUCAGAUACAGAAACUCCUUUUUUAAAUAGCUCGUGACCAUUUCAUCCAGAGCUGAAUUGUGUAGUGCUAAUAUGAACUCUCAUCAUUAAUUUCACCUUAUACUUUACAAGCUUGACUGUGUCCUUUUAACAGAGGGACUGUAGCAACCUUUGUCUUUUCUCAUUAGGUCUGGACAUUACAGUGGAUUUCCUCUUUUGUUGUUUAUUAAGGUUUGGCAAGACCCCUGCUCUGCCCUAGCUGCAACCCAAAUCUUCCUGGGGGGAUUUUUAAAGUCAUAAUGACAGUUAUGUUCUCAGCUCACACAGUGCCUAGCUGCCCUUUGUGCCAUUAAAAAUCUCCCUUUGAUUCUCUGUUCUUUUGUGUUGUACUUUUUGCUUUAAAAACAGAUAUUUGAAGCAUUUGUCAGCCAGAGUUAUUUAUGUUGCUUGGUUUGUUAUAUCUAAUUCUUGCUUUGGGAAAGAGUCAAUUUCUGUUUCAAUAGAGAUUCAUGGAUAUUGUUUGAAAAAAUAUGGGGGCUCUUUUCAUCUUGAGUAAGAGCAUUCAGAUUUGUUUCAGAUGUGAAUUUUAUUUUCAAAAUAUUUCUGGAAAGAAUAUUCAGGGUUACAUGAGAAUGUGAAAGGCAUACAUUAGUCAACUUUGUGAUGAAGCAAAUACUAAAAUGGUUUUAAUUUGGAGAUUACUCUCUUGUGUAUCCUUUACUUGUAGUACUAAAACUCAAGGUCCUGAUGCUUACUUAGUGCCCUGCUAUGGUAGCACAUGGCCAUGCUGAAACUUGGUUUGGGAGAGGGAGUUCCUGCUGAUUGUCUUUGUGACAUGAGGUCUGGGGAGGUGUUUGAUGUGCAAAUUCUCAUUUUAUAAACCUCUGAAAUAUUGUUUUAAUUAAUGCUCUCCAUUGACUAUAGAAAGCAGAUUCAUAGGAGUUACAGGCUAUCAAGCAGGUUCCCUGAUGAAAUGAUUGAGGUGGUUUGUGCUAAUUAUGGAUUUCCCCUGCUGCUGUCCAUGACAAACUGUUAACAUUUGGUAAAUUUGGUGUAAGUAAUCAAAUGAAAAUAGAAGCAACAAAAAGAAAUCAGAACCAUGUUUUUGAGAUUACUGCCUUUAGAUAUCCAGAUCAUGAAUGAAAAACCUUGUGACAAAUAGAGAUAAGACAAUGUUGAAAAAUGACUGAAGAAUCCAAAUGUGGAAAAAUUGCCAAGGCUGUAGGGAAGUGUCACACCAUGUAUUAGACAUUACUAACACUUAAAUUUCUAUCUGUGCUCCAUCAACAGGUUCUUAAAUAGAACUCAGCACAGACUGUACAUUGUUCAAAUAUUUUUGUGAUUUUUUAGUGAAAAAUAAUAAAUUGCUGAAGUACUAUGUAUAUCACUUGGUGCAUUGUGCAGCAGAUUUAAGAAAAUAAAUCUGCGUUUGGUUAAACAAAUCUGAAGUUAGUAUUUUGUUCUGCUAAGGGUUUAAAUCCCCUUUUGAGAAAUUGCAUAAAGGAAACUUUUAAAAUGGUUUGGAAAUAGUUUUAUUUUCCUUUUUUCUAGUCCAGUCACAAGAUGGGGUUGCUGUCUAACUGUGCAUUUGAUUUUACAGUUCAGGGGUUUUUUUAUGUUUAAAAUUGAUAUGAUAUAUAUAGUUUCUCUUUCAUUAAGCAUUCAGAUUCAUUGUGGACAUUUAUUUCUUCUACAGAAUGUGAAAACAAAGCAGUUCAUUAAGUUCAGUCUCAGUGCUGGAGACAGACUUUUAAAAAAGCUUUGUGAUGAGUGUGGGGCUUUUUCUUUUGAUUUAUAGCAGAAGAGAGACUCCACUCCUGCUGGCUUGUGAGUGUCUCCGUGUCCCACUGAGGCCGCCUGUGCUGGAGGUGCUGGGGCUGGGACGUCACUCAGGCUGAGCUCAGCUGUGGGGCUCCCUCCAUCCCUCCCCUGCUCCUCUGGCUGCCACUCCUGCUUUGCUGAGCACAAGGACAGCUUUGGAGGGGUUUGUUCCAGCCCUGCAGAGAUGCACUGCUUCCCAGCUGGCAAUCUCCUCCAUAAUUUUUAAUUUUUUUUUUGUUUUUUGUGUAUGUCUUCCCAUGCCUGAGUAACAAGAACAAAAGUACAGAGGUACCUGCUGGAAUGCACUGCAGUGUCCCAAGGGCUGAGGGCAGCUGUGCAGAGCUGAGAGGUGUUUGGGAGGAAUGGUCUCUGUCACAUGGGGGAUCUGCGAUGGAAAGAACUGUAACUUUAAACAAUCUGAGUUCAAUCUAAGAGCAAGGGGCGUAUACCUCACCUGAAGGGCCCCCAAAAGAGGGGGAUUUUUAACAAAACUUUUGUAAAUAAAAACUUAUCAGGUCUCUGAAUCCUUGAAAAUUGUAACUACUUACUCUCUUGUGAAAAUUGAUGUAUUUCAUUUAUUAAAAUGGUUGACCAAGAAAUUCCAGGGAUGCUGUGACUAUCCUUUAAAUUUCACAAUUCUUUAAAACAUUUUCAGGACUUCAGGCUAUCAUUCAAUCUAGAUCUAAGUGUUCUUUACAGAGCAUAGGAUUUCUGGGUAGGUGAGAAAUUCAAAAGUUACAUGUCAGAAUAGUGAGUUUGCUGCUGCUGCAGGUCCCCUAGAGGCAGGAGCACACCUCAGAGGGGAGCUGCAGCUGAGCAGGGAAAUAUCCUGCUGGAAUGGCAGUGACAGCAAUGUGUGACUGGAGCUAAGAACAUAACAGGUCCUACAUCCCACUGCUUUACACACAGAUGCAGGGAAGGGUGUGGAAUCCAAACCCUGCAUUAGGAACGGCCUGUAAAGCUGGUAAGUGUAUGCAGAAAUUGCUAUAGGACAUAAAACUCCUUUGCAAUAACCUUUGUCCUGCUAAAAUUCACAACCUUUUUAUUCUGUACUAAAACUACAUUUAGGUGAUGCAAUGCAGCAUUUUUAAUUUUUAUUACUGUGGUGUAUUAACUGUUUUGGACUUGGUAUAAAAUAGUGUACAUCUGUUUCUUUACUGGUAAGAGGAACAAUUUUCAACUUGCCUACACCUUGGACCAGGCUGAACAUGAAUUGAAUGACCAAUUGUAUAUUGUUAUAAUGGGUUAUUUAAUGUAAACUCAUUUUCAAUGUGAUCUUGGUUGUUACUAUGAACUGCCUGAACAUUGUAUACCCUAUUUGAGUUAUAUUGUAUGAAUUAUUUAUUUGUAAUUGGAUAUCAUGUUUCAAAAAUAAAAUUAAUUUCACAAAUUGG